AGAAGGCACCGGGGGCGGUGCCGACCCUCCCCUCGGCCGCCGCCUCCUCCGGCGACCAAUGCGGGGCCCGCUCGCCUCUGCCCGGCCCAGGAAGCGGAGGAGCCCGAGCGGCGGGGCGGUUCUUGGCCUCGCCUGCAGCCCAGAAAGGGAGGUCGGAGCCCACCUGCCCGCCAGAUCUCCCUUCCGAUGGCCCUCAGAAUCCCGACCCGGAGGCUCCUGCAGCUCAGCCGCACUUGCGUGCCAGGCUCCGGAGAUGCCCGGGCACAGAGCACCAGCGCAGCUGCCCCAAAAGCAAAUGAAGCAAAGGCCUCUGGGAAAAGAGCCAAAGGUGCCCAGUUUGAUUGGCAAGAUGCCCUGUUGCUGGAGAGACUCCUGACUCGGGAAGAAGCAAUGAUCCGGGACUCCUUUCGCACGUACUGCCAGGAGAAGCUGAUGCCCAGGAUCCUAAUGGCCAAUCGAAAUGAAGUCUUUCACCGGGAAAUUGUGUCCGAAAUGGGGGCGCUGGGUGUCCUAGGUCCCACUAUCAAAGGUUAUGGCUGUGCAGGCACAACUUACGUUGCAUAUGGGCUCCUAGCAAGGGAGAUCGAGAGAGUGGAUAGUAGCUAUCGCUCAGUCAUGAGUGUUCAAUCAUCUUUGGUGAUGCACCCAAUUUAUGCCUAUGGGACAGAGGAGCAGAAGCAGAAAUUUUUGCCACGCUUGGCAAAGGGGGAAUUGCUGGGCUGUUUCGGGCUCACAGAGCCCAACCAUGGGAGUGAUCCUGGUGGCAUGGAGACCCGGGCCCAAUACAAUCCCUCCAGCAAGACCUACACACUCAAUGGCACCAAGACUUGGAUCACAAAUUCUCCGGUGGCUGACCUGUGUGUGGUGUGGGCUGUGUGCGAGGACGGCCAAGUGCGGGGCUUUCUCUUGGAACGUGGAAUGAAAGGGCUCUCCACUCCGAAGAUCGAGGGCAAAUUUUCACUGCGAGCUUCUGUCACAGGGAUGAUUGUCAUGGAGGACGUGGAGGUGCCUGAAGAGAACCUGCUACCUCAUGUCUCUGGACUUGCUGGUCCCUUUGGGUGCUUGAACAACGCUCGCUACGGGAUCGCUUGGGGAGCUCUGGGAGCAGCUGAGUUCUGCAUGCAGACAGCCAGACAGUACACCUUGGACAGGAUCCAGUUUAGGGUUCCCCUGGCAAGAAACCAACUGAUCCAGAAGAAACUGGCUGACAUGCUUACAGAGAUCACUCUUGGUUUGCACGCUUGCCUCCAGCUGGGCCGUCUGAAAGAUGAAGACAAGGCCACCCCUGAGAUGAUUUCCUUGUUGAAGCGCAAUUCCUGUGGGAAGGCCCUGGAGAUUGCUCGGCAAGCACGGGACAUGCUGGGAGGCAACGGCAUUGCAGACGAGUACCAUGUGAUCAGGCACGUUAUGAACCUGGAGGCUGUCAACACAUACGAAGGUACACACGAUAUCCAUGCGCUCAUCUUAGGCAGAGCCAUCACUGGACUUCAAGCUUUCACUGUUGGAAAAUGAACACCUUUCUCUAGGACAUCUCUUUGUCACCCUGGCAAGGGAUCAGUAGGAGAGACUACAAGACCCAAAUGGUUUGAAAAACGGAGUGUGAUUGCUUCUGCUCAUUAGACUCUGAAGGAAUGUGUUUCUUCAGCUUGGCUCAUGUUUAUUUUUGUAAUUGACCUGAAAUUCAAUACUGAAGACAAGCAUCUGAAAAACUCAGUUCAAUGCCAAAAGGUGCAGAGAGCAAAUGGAGCCCAUACGGAGGUUAAAGAAGCAGACUUUUACGGGGAUGGGAAUAGCAAGCCAGACAGGGCAUGGGUUGAAGGAGCACUCAGUUUCACAUAUGGAAAGCUGUCUGUCAGGGAAGGAACUGUGGCAAAUAACUGGUACUUUUUAACCCUUUGUGGUUAAAUAUUAUAAUACCUUGUUGUCAAGUGAUCCAACCAGACCCACAGCUACUGUGGGGCUCAAUGAGCACGAAUCUACUGUAAAGAUUUUGAAAAGUUCCAAGGCUUGAGCCUUGUGUGUACAGUUGAACAGAAGCACUACGGCUCCACUAAAUUCUCACUGAUGAAAAUCAAAACUUACUGGCUAGCUCUGUGUCAUCCUGGGACCUUGGAUAAAUGAUUAUUACAGUGCCUCGUUAUUUCUGUUUUUGUUAAAGAAGCUCUAUGAACUUUUUCUCCUGUUUGACUCACUACAAAUUUGGUAAGAGUGCUUGGACAGUUUUGCACUUACGAUUCUCAUGUCCUCAUUUGUUUAAAGAAUAAACUAAAUUUGAGGAAUUUCCCAAA